CAACUCAUCGUCGUCUAGAUGGAAAAUAAAUUAGUAGGUACGAAACGUGAUGAAUUCAACAUUCGUCAUAAUAUCUAAAACUUAUUGUAUGAUGAAUUUAAAUAUAAGUGAAAGUAAAAUUGUUUUAUUUUCAGCAGUUUGUAUUGGAUUAAUUGUACUGUGAGGACUUAAUUCAAAUUCAGCUAUGAAUUUGGAACAAAAAACCGAGUGCGAGAUUAGUGUAAAUCCGAUGGAAAACAGUGUUAAGUGAUUUAUGAUAAUAAAACGGCUGUGCGUUUGUGAAGUGUUUCUUACGUAUUUAUUUAGUAAAAUAAUUUCAAAAUGCCAAGAGGUGAGAACAAACCGAGCAUUCUAUUGACUCGAGAAGAAAAUGAACAGGUUUUUAGCCUCAUAGGACCAAAAUGUUUGAGCCUAGCCACAUCUGUGGUACAAUUAUUCACAACGGAAGGACCCGGGCACACAGAAUGGAAGAAAAAGGACACAGGAGUACUCUGCCUCAUAAAGGACAACAGCAAGAGGUCGUAUUUCUUCCGUAUCUACUGCCUGUACCGGCGCGCGAUGAUCUGGGAACAUGAGGUGUACAUGCAGAUUGACUACAGGAGUCCAAGGCCAUACUUACACACGUUCGAGGCUGAGGAAUAUAUGACCGCGCUGAACUUCGCUAGCGAGGAUGAGGCGAUGAAGCUCAGAAAUAUUGUCAUCGAUAAGAUUGAAACCCGGAAACAUCGGAGAGAAGAACGAAGACAACGGUCUAUGCUUGCCGGCCGCGCGAACAGUACUUCGUCGAAUACAUCGAACACGUCGUCGCGGAUGAACGGCGUGGCCCCGCCCCCGCUACCUGUCCCCGCGCCCGCUCCGCUCCCCGCUCAACCUGUCAAAAAUAAUGUCACGUCCGGAGGGGGGUACACGCUCAAGGGCAAGAAACCGAAAGCUCGCAAACUCACGAAAGCUGACAUCAGCGCACCGAAAGACUUCAAGCAUAUUUCACACGUCGGCUGGGAUGCUAAUAAAGGCUUCGACGUGGAGAAUCUGGACGAGGCAGAGAUGCGCUCGUUCCUAGUGAAGGCGGGGAUCUCUGAGAAGCAGUUGGCUGACCACGCCACCAGGCAGUUCAUAUACGACUUCAUCAACAUGAACGGCGGUGUCGACGCCGUUAAGGAGGAACUACACGACAACACGUCUAAAGUUCCAGUGAGCGAGUGUCCCCGGAGCUACAGCCCCGCCCCGCCGGCCCCGCCCCGCGCGCCGCACGCCCCGCCCCCUGCUCCGCCGUCCCGAGCCCCACCGCCGCCGCCGUCCCGUGCGGUUCCGCCCCCGCCGCCGCCACCCGCCUCGCUGCGGACUGCGCCGCCGCCCCGACCCGCACACCCGCCAUCUAGCGGUCCUCCGUCGGUGCCGCCUCCUCCGCCGCCGCCCUGCGCCCCGCCGCCGCCCCCGCCUCCCCCGCCGCCGCUCACCCCCGCCGCCCCCGCCGCCCCCGCCGCCCCUCCAUCGCCGGCGCCGCAGGACCCGCGCGCCGCUCUCAUGGAGAGCAUACGCAGCGGAAACAAAGCGCUACGGCACGUGGACGUCGCGAAACCGGCAGUGGCUGAGGACAGCCGCAGUAACCUGCUGAGUGAAAUCAGACAGGGCAUCAACCUUAGAGCGGUGAAUCGAGCAGCCAACGGCAGUAGUUCGGUGGACGAGCGACCGCCGGCCUGCGGGCUGGCGGGCGCUCUCGCCAAAGCGUUACAGGAACGAGCCCGCGCGAUACACUCGUCUGACUCGGACAGUGAGGCGACCAGCGACGGAGAGUGGGACGACUAGUGACGACCGCCGACACGGGUACG